CCAGAGCGCGACGUUACCAUGAGCCUCCCCGCUCCGCCGGCAGAGACUCCACGCACAGAGAGUGCCCACCUGACGAGAGCAGCGCGACACACACAGCCGCACGAUGCACGGCGGAAAGAGAGGGCUGGUGGCACCGCAAAACACUUUCCUGGAGAAUAUCGUCAGGCGCUCGAGUGAGACAAGUUUCUUGCUGGGGAACGCUCAGAUUGUGGACUGGCCUGUAGUUUAUAGUAAUGACGGCUUCUGCAAGCUGUCUGGAUACCACAGAGCAGAGGUCAUGCAGAAAAGCAGCACGUGCAGUUUUAUGUAUGGGGAGCUGACAGACAAGAAGACCAUAGAAAAGGUGAGACAGGCCUUUGACAACUAUGAGUCCAACUGCUUUCAAGUGCUGCUGUACAGAAAGAACAGAACUCCAGUGUGGUUCUACAUGCAGAUUGCACCGAUCCGAAAUGAAAAUGACAAAGUGGUUUUGUUCCUGUGUACAUUUAAGGACAUCACUGUCUUUAAACAGCCUAUUGAAGAUGAAAGCACCAAAGGUUGGACCAAGUUUGCACGUUUGACUCGAGCGUUGACGAACAGCAAAAGCACCAAUCAGCAACUCACGCCCAUGAGCAGAACCGACAUCACUUCACACAAACAGUCCAGACUCGCAGAGGUGCUUCAGCUCGGCUCUGACAUUCUUCCGCAGUAUAAGCAGGAAGCCCCUAAGACCCCGCCUCACAUCAUCUUACACUACUGCACCUUUAAGACCACCUGGGACUGGGUCAUCCUCAUCCUGACCUUCUACACCGCCAUCAUGGUUCCUUACAACGUCUCCUUCAAGACCAAACAGAAUAAUGUCACCUGGCUGGUUCUGGACAGCGUUGUGGACGUCAUAUUCCUUGUGGACAUCGUGCUCAACUUCCACACCACGUUUGUCGGGCCUGGAGGGGAGGUGAUCUCGGAUCCGAAGCUGAUCAGGAUGAACUACCUGAAGACUUGGUUCGUAAUAGACCUGCUGUCCUGUCUGCCCUAUGACAUCAUCAACGCUUUCGAAAACGUGGAUGAGGGCAUCAGCAGCUUGUUCAGUUCUCUGAAGGUGGUUCGACUGCUUCGAUUGGGUCGUGUUGCACGUAAACUGGACCACUAUCUGGAGUACGGUGCAGCUGUGCUCGUGUUACUGGUCUGUGUGUUUGGAUUGGUUGCCCACUGGCUUGCCUGCAUAUGGUACAGCAUUGGAGAUUACGAGGUCAUUAAUGAACAAACCAACACCAUCAAGACUGACAGCUGGCUCUACCAGUUAGCCACCAGCAUUGGAUCCCCGUACCGGUACAAUGCCAGUGGGACUGGCCAAUGGGAGGGUGGCCCUGGGAAAGACUCUCUGUAUAUAACGUCACUAUAUUUCACCAUGACCAGCCUAACCACUAUUGGCUUCGGAAACAUCGCGCCAACUACAGACGGAGAGAAGAUCUUCUCUGUGGCCAUGAUGAUGGUCGGAUCUCUCCUUUAUGCCACUAUCUUCGGUAAUGUGACGACCAUUUUCCAGCAGAUGUAUGCAAACACCAACCGUUACCAUGAAAUUCUGAAUAACGUGCGGGAUUUCCUCAAGCUCUACCAGGUGCCCAAAGGCCUCAGUGAGAGAGUGAUGGACUACAUCGUCUCCACGUGGUCCAUGUCCAAAGGCAUCGACACAGAGAAGGUGCUCUCCAUCUGCCCCAAGGACAUGCGGGCAGACAUCUGCGUGCACCUGAACAGGAAGGUGUUCAACGAGCAUCCAGCGUUCCGAUUGGCCAGUGAUGGAUGCUUGCGCUCAUUGGCCGUGGAGUUCCAGAUGAUACACUCCGCCCCCGGUGACCUCAUCUUUCAUGCGGGUGAAAUCGUGGACCUGCUCUGCUUCGUUGUGUCAGGGUCACUGGAGGUCAUCCAGGAUGACGAGUUUAUAUUUCGUAAAAUCAUCGAUGUGAAGAAGGAGGAAGAAGAGAGGCAGCGCUCAAAGAAUGAGGUUCCACUCACCAUUCCUGUGGACCACCCGGUCCGAAAACUUUUUCAGAAGUUUAAACAGCAGAAAGAGCUCCGUAACCAGGGCGCUUCGGCCCAGCUGGACCUAGAGAAAAAUCAGCAGCAUCUACAGCAGCCCACACGCAUGGCGAAACCUCAUGCCUCCCUCAUGCAGAACUCAUUGCAUGCAGUUCAGAACGGGUCCACCAGCAGCGUGGUCACCAUCUCCCAAAUCACACCCAUCCAGAACUGCCUGGCCUACCCUAAAGUGGGUGACUCAGUUAAGCAGAACAACCGUGACAUCAUGGAACUCAAACCUGCCGUGGCCAGUGGUGACCAAGUCGCAAAUCGACUCAAAGUGAAUAACACAGCGUGGACCAAACCCGCAGGAACUGCCCGUGGCUGGAUGAGACUGAAAAACAACAUGGCUGCCCCUGGUUCACCCCCAGAAGAUGAGAGGAAGGAGGGAUUGAACAAUGCAGCUAAAGCUGUGUCCAUGGAGCACAUUUCACCAGAAGUCAAAGUUCAGAUCGAAAGUGUUGAGGAGGUUGAAACAUCCAGAAAGAAUUCGCUGCGCAAAACGGACUCUUGGGAUAGUGGCUUGACUUACAGCGACCAGAGACUGGAUAGGGUUUCAGAACCACAGAGCCCUGUUCCCGGAGUCGGUGGAGGAGAAGGACCAGCCCAGGAUUUUUACCCCAGUAGCGAGAGCUCAUUCCAGGCCGCGCUGCAGGAGGCAAGGCUGGAGCUGCGGACAGAGAUCCAAGCUCUGAACGGAAGGAUGGCAGUUUUAGAAGAACGGGCUGGACAGAUUCUCAGACUGCUUCUAGAGACUUCAAAGCCCACGUCUAGUGAAGACCCAACCCCAAAAAUGCACAGACCCAAACUCAAAGCACAAGGCAGCAUCCCAGUGUCCACACUCAGUAAGCCAGACUCUGAAAAGGAUGAGGUUUUGCCAUAG